AUGUGUUUCGGUCCCUCUCAUAUCCAUUUCAUUAUUUUCUAUGUAAACCAGAUUCAGCCGACGAAAGCAUGCAAGCCAGUGGUCUUCACCAAGCGAUUUUCAAAAGCCUCGACUGGAAGUGAGUUCAACAGGAAGAAAGAAGAGGAGGAAGAGGGUGAAGUGUCUGAGGAAUCUGAUUCCAACGCAUCAAGCGGGGCCGCCGAAAUCUCCUCAACUAACUCCGAAGAUUUCAGGUCUCCGAAGCCAGCCAGUAAACGCCCAGCCGCUAAAGCGCAAAUCGUGUCAGUGCCUGCAGCUCUGGAGGUUGUUUCUAUUGCUACUGACAAAACAGCACCAGCUCCCGGUAAACAGGGACAAAAGCGGGCAGUUGGGAGUAAGACGUCACCAGAGAAGAAGAGUAAAAUCUCUGAAGAUGCUGCGGAUGACGAGGCGGCACCAAGCGACAUUGAUUUGGACGAGAUGGAGGUGAUGGAAGAAUGGGUGGAUGAUCUGGAUGAGCCGUGUGGCGCUGGUUCAAUUGCUUCGUCACCUGAAGUUCAUAGCAAGGUGACUGUAGUCGAUUGUCACUAG